AUGUUUUUCGCAAACGCUGUGCUACGGACGGGGCAGAUUCUUAUUAAAGAGGAAGAGGAAGAGGAAGACGUCUCGUCUGAAAACAUUAUUACAAGACGAAUACGGAUUAACAGAGACCGCCAAGGAGCGCACGAGAAAUUGGUGAACGAUUAUUUUUCGGAUGAACCACUUUACAAUGACGAGAUUUUCAGAUGCAGGUUCCGAAUGAGUCGCCGGUUAUUCACACGGAUUGCUAAUGAUUUGGCGGGGCUAGACCCGUUUUUCACGCAACGACCUGAUGCUCGAAAUUAUGAAGGGUUCACCACGUUACAAAAGUGUACUGCGGCCAUUCGCCAACUGGCGUACGGGACAGUGGCCGACGCUUUGGACGACAAAAAAUAUUUGCGUAAACCAAACUCGUAUGAUGUUCAGCAGUUGUACCAAGCUUAUGAAGCACGGCACGGGUUUCCGGGAAUGCUUGGUAGUAUUGAUUGUAUGCAUUGGGCGUGGCAUAACUGCCCGACUGCGUGGCGCGGCCAAUAUACGCGAGGUGAUUACGGGCAUCCAACCUUGAUACUUGAAGCCGUGGCAUCACAAGAUUUGUGGAUAUGGCAUUCUUUCUUUGGUCUCCCUGGUUCACUCAACGACCUCAACGUGUUAUACCAAUCGGCGAUCUUUACCGAUGUCGAAUGGAACCGGUCCGGACACCCGUUUUACAAUUUCUAG